GUACUUGCUGGUGGAGGAAGAAGCUGCUGCUAUUGCCAAGCUGCUCGCGCACAACCGCGAGGUCCUGACGGCUGCGCGGGCGAUGAGAGCCGAGGACUGCGAGGGAACAGACUAACAGAGAAAUAGCAGAAGACCAAACGACUAAACGACCAAACGAGAAGUGUGUUGUUUCAGCGGCGCGAAGAGAAACACAGGGCAGCGAGCAUGUCGGUGCUAGCUCUGCAAGAGUACGAGUUCGAGAGACAGUUCAACGAGGACGAAGCCAUCCGAUGGAUGCAGGAGAACUGGAAGAAGUCCUUUCUCUUCGCUGCACUCUAUGCUGCCUUUAUCCUGGGAGGCCGUCAUGUCAUGAAACAGAGGGAGAAGUUUGAGUUGAGGAAACCGUUGGUGCUAUGGUCACUCACGCUUGCUGCAUUUAGUAUAUUUGGUGCCAUCCGCACUGGGAGUUACAUGAUGCACAUCCUGAUGACGAAAGGUCUUAAACAGUCAGUUUGUGACCAGAGCUUCUACAACGGGCCUGUCAGCAAGUUCUGGGCAUAUGCUUUUGUACUUAGUAAAGCCCCAGAACUGGGUGACACUCUCUUCAUCGUCCUGAGGAAACAGAAGCUCAUCUUCCUUCACUGGUACCAUCACAUCACCGUGCUGCUCUACUCCUGGUACUCCUACAAGGACAUGGUGGCCGGUGGCGGCUGGUUCAUGACCAUGAACUACUUAGUCCACGCCGUCAUGUACUCUUACUAUGCCUUGCGGGCGGCCGGCUUCAAGCUGUCGCGCAAGUUCGCCAUGUUCAUCACACUGACCCAGAUCACCCAGAUGCUGAUGGGCUGUGUGGUCAACUACCUGGUGUACUCAUGGAUGCAGCAGGGCCAGGAGUGUCCAUCUCACAUGCAGAACAUUGUGUGGUCCUCCCUCAUGUACCUAAGCUACUUUGUGCUAUUUGUCCAGUUCUUCUUUGAAGCCUAUAUCGGCAAGUCCAAAUUAGCUGCUACUGCUGCCACCAAGAAAAGCGAAUAAAAAACCUAAAUUUAAAAAAAAAAUGCCAUAAGUAUGGGAAGAAGGGAGAUGAUGGGGGAAAAGGGAGUUGGAUGGAGAACAGGGACCAGUGACUUGAGAGAUAAAUGGGCUGAGAUGAGAGAGUUGGCACAGAGGUGGGGGUAUAGUGGGAGGGAGGGUCAUGAAAUGGUUGGUGUUUGUGCUUGAGCAUCACUACUAAUGUGCACAUCUUAAAAAAAACAAAAACAAAAAAAAAACAACUCAUACUCAUAGGAGGUGAUGUCUCCUUUGAGGGAUGCUGAGGAAGCAGCGCCACCAUGUUGAAAAGCCAUCACCAGUUGUCCACCUGAAGUUUAAAAGCCCCAUUUUUAAAUUCCCAUUCAGUAGUUUUUAAAACCUAAAAGAUAAUAAAACAAAUUGUCUGCCACAAUCAUGAGUUUACAUUAUACUGAAAAAAAUGGAGGUACAUAUGAAGAUGGAUGAAGUCGGUGUAGACGUGAGCCAUCUGAGUAUGCUUUUGUGUGUCUGUUUUUUGUCUGUGUUUGUUCUUUUGAUUUGAUCUGUUAAAGAUAAAAGUUUGAAAUGCUGGUGAGUGUGUGAAGCUGAAGUGUUGGUGGUGGUUGAAGUGAACUCAUGGUGAACGGCACUGUAACGUCUGUGUCUUACAUUGCAAAAUGCGAUAUUUUUCUCAGGUCUUAGGUUAUCUCUUUCUUAAUAUAAUAUGCAUAUCAAGACAAGGUAGACAUGUUUAACACCUGCACCAGUUUACAGUAUGGCUGAAUGUCACCCAGAAGAGGCUGCAUAAUUGAGAAGAAGUAUGAAUGAAGUUGAUUGGACUGACUUGAGAUGACCACACUGCCCCUGGCCGUGAUGGGAAACAGAUGCUGACAGUGCCCUGGUUCACCACUUGUCAUGACCUUGCAGAAGUUGCCAACCACACUUGGAAAAUUACUCGCCAUUGGUUUCCAAACACUUCUCUGUGUUAAAGGGUCCCUACCAGUGAAGAAAACCAGUCUGUUGGACUCCGAACGCUGAAAUGGAGGACAAACAUAUUUAUGUUUAGCAAAAAGAAAAAAAAAAGUGAAACAUGCAAAUUGUCAAAAUCUACUGUAUUGAAAAAAAAAAUAGUAUGUAUCCUUAAUGGUGUCUGUUGUGCUAUUGUGCAUUUGCACUGUAUCAAUGUAAAAAAAAUGUUGCUGAAAAAUGUAACGUAUGAACAAAGAGUGCAAAAAUGUGA